AUGAAGCCUAUUAAUUUUGCCUCAUUUUUGUUUACGGCACUUUUUAUUCUAGUACCAAGUUCUAUUAUAGCUGUACUUCCUGGAACUUGGCCUCCAAUAAAUGCUCCUCCUCCAGCAAAUGCAAAUUUUACAAGACUUGUAAAUACGACUAAACUUAGAAAUGCUCCUGUUAAAAGAAAUAUUACUGCUGCUUGUCCGACUACCGACACAUACUGUGAUUGGAGUUGCACUACUUGCACUCGAAACGAUACUGAUAUUAUUCGCUGUCCUAAACAACUAGAAUGGGCUCUUACUUUAGAUGAUGGCCCAUCUCAAUUCACAACCGCGGUUCUGGACUAUUUAGACACACAAAAUGUCAAAGUCACUUUUUUUGUUAUCGGAUCUAAUGUAUAUACAUAUCCUGAAAUCUUACUAAGAGCUUUUAAAGCUGGUCAUCAGAUCGGUAUACAUACUUGGUCACAUAAUGCACUAACUACUCAAUCCUCCGAAGUAGUUAUUGCCGAACUUAUGUAUACUAGUGCUGCUAUAAAAGCUGCUACUAAUUAUACUCCUAAAUAUAUGCGUCCUCCAUUUGGGGAUUACGACGAUCGAAUUCGUGAUAUUUGCACUCAACUUGGUCUGAAACCAACUAUUUGGGAUUUAGAUACAAACGAUUGGUUGUCUGCCGACGAUCCAACUUUCAACCUAAACUGGAUCCCUGCUAACUUUACUCAAUGGGUCAAUGAUCCAAACCUCAAAAGUACUGGUCAUAUCUCCCUCGAACACGACUUAUAUAAUCAAACCUCUGCGCAAAUUCCUCUAGUCGUACCAAUUCUUAAGAAAGCUAAUUAUACUAUGAAGCCUGUUUAUCAAUGUCUUAACGAUCCAUCUCCUUACGUUGAGAGUCUAGUAGUGCCUGUAACCACCACUACUUCAACUCCAAGUGCUGCUACUCCAACCAAUAACCCUAACUCAAAUCCUAAAAGUCCUCCAACUCGGAAUUCCGAAGCCCCAACUCCAACUCAAACAAAAUCUGGUGCUACAAAAAUACUCAAUAAUGAUCUUUUAUCUUUGAGUUUUGUUGUUGUUGUAUUAUUCG